CCACCAAAAAGUAAACAGACUUGUUUUGAUCUGUCAAAAAAUCAGACGACUGUGCUGGUCGUUAUUUCGAGUAGAUGGUGUCAUUGUAACCAAACUAUAAAUGUUAAACGAUUUGUUUUUGGCGAACGCGGAUCUAUUACCGUGCAAUCGUUUUGUUUCUCGUCUUUAAGUGUGUAUAGUUUGCUGUUUUUAUGGUGCGUUACAACAGCUAGCAGGCUAACAAGCUGAUAGCAUGCUAGCUGUUGUUGUUCACCCUUUAAACUAACUCAACAUUAGCUGACAUCGCAGUGGCAGCUAACAGGAGGUCGACGCAAGGGCGUGUGCAUGUAACUAUAUACUUUUACUUAUUUCUAGUCGCUCCUGUAGUUAAAGCUAUGCCGUAAAUCGCAUGUAUGACUUGUUAUAUAUCUGUAACGUUGCACUGACUGCAAUUGCCCUUCUUUAGCUGCUAGCUGCCCGCUCUAAUCAUACUCUUCAUGAUUAUUUCUCCUCGUGCCGGCAGCAGUUGUGGUUUAAAUUCCUCAACUAUGUGAAGAAAUACUAAAAAUGGUGUUAGUGCUUGACAAACACAAGUGAUGAAGCCUGAACAUCAGUACCCUGCCAUGGCUGAGGAAGGAAAGCUGAGUCCAAUGGGAGGACGCGCCGGCUCGUCAGGCCGCCCGGGCCGACAGACCUACAAAAGUUCAGCCCAUUUCUGCAGCCUGCUGGACGGCCUGCUGGCUCUCAGACAGAGUGGCAUCCUGUUUGAUGUGGUGCUGCUGGUGGAGGGUCGACCCAUCCAGGCCCACCGUAUACUUCUAGCAGCCUCCUGUGAUUAUUUUAGGGGAAUGUUUGCUGGAGGCCUGCGGGAGACACAGCAAAAGGAGAUCCCAAUUCAUGGAGUAUCUUACAUGGCCAUGAAAAAAAUUCUAGAUUACAUCUACACUGCAGAGAUUGAGUUAGACCUGGAGUGUGUGCAGGAAGUCCUAAUAGCUGCCACACUAGUACAGCUUGAGAUCAUCAUCGGCUUUUGCUGUGAUUUUCUUUUCUCCUGGCUGGACGAGAGCAACAUUUUAGAGGUCUAUAAUCUAGCUGAUCUCUAUGGACUGCAACAACUGAAUGCCAGGGUCCAUUCGUACAUGAUCAGGAACAUCCAGAUUUUGUCUCGAACGGAUGUGUACCGACAACUCCCCCAAGAUGAUGUCUUCAGCGCGCUAAGCAGUGAUGAGCUUCAGGUGAACAGUGAGAACGAGGUGUACGAGGCGGCUCUUCACUACCACUACAGUCCUGAGCAGGUGGAAACUGACCAGGUGUACUUGCAGGUCAGUCCUAAGGACAAUCUCAAGAUGCUAGAUGCAGUGCGUUUCUGCCUGAUUGAGAAACAAGUGUUGCAGAGGCUGUUUGGCAGACUGCACCAGUGUCCACUAAAGGAUUCUGUGUCCGCUGCCCUGAGGUACCAUGAGCAGGAGAUUUGGCAGCCCGUUCUGCAGAGUCCUCUCACCCAGCCGCGGUCCACCUUCCACUGCAUUCUGGGCUUUGGGGGGAUGUUCACCUCCAGCGCUCUCACAGACAACGAGCAUUUGUUUCAGGUGUUCCACCCAAGCUGGGGGGAGUGGAGGACUCUCACUGCAGCUCACGCCCCCCGCAUGUCCAACCAGGGCAUCGCUGUGCUCAACAACUUUGUUUAUCUAAUUGGAGGAGACAAGAACACCAGCGGAUUCCGUGCUGAGACACGCUGCUGGAGAUACGACCCUCGUCACAACAGCUGGUGCACCAUCCAGCCUCUGCAGCAGCAGCACGCCGACCACUGUGUUUGUGUGUUAGGUGGCCAUAUUUACGCCAUUGGAGGACGGGACUACAGCAAUGAACUGGACUCAGUGGAGCGUUACGACCCACACACCAACUUGUGGGAAUUUGUAUCCCCCCUAAAGAGAGAGGUGUACGCCCACGCUGGAGCAGUGCUGGAUGGGAAAAUGUAUAUAACUUGUGGGCGCAGAGGAGGGGCGUACCUCAGAGAGACCUACUGUUUUGACCCUGUGGCAAAUCACUGGACAGGAUGUGCUGAGGGGCCUGUGGGGCGGGCCUGGCACGGCAUGGCUGCUGUUAAUGGACGCAUUUAUGUUAUUGGUGGAAGCAAUGAUGAGCGUGGAUAUCGACGCGAUGUCAUGAAGGUGGGAUGCUUUGACCCCGAAGCCAACUCUUGGUCUUUACUGACCCCCCUCCCUGCGGGACACGGAGAACCUGGCAUAGCUGUGCUGGACAGCCGCAUCUAUGUCCUGGGAGGACGCUCACACGACAAAGGCAACAGAAUGAAAUACGUUCACGUGUACAACACCGACUCAGACGAGUGGGAGAAUGAGACGGAGUUUAAGGAGCGUGUCUCCGGCCUGGCGGCCUGCGUGGUGCUCAUGCCCCCUUCUGUGAUCGCCCAGGCCAGGAGCUGGGAGCAGCGCACCAAGGCUUCAUGGGAGGACGUGGAGAUGGACAACUCUGAGGACUCUAGCGAGGAUUAAAGCAGCCGUGUUGAUUGAACUGAAUGUCUGAGCACUGGAGACUGUCAUGCACUUUUCUUAUACAGCAUGUUGAAAUAAGUGAAAGACAUUUAUUGGCAUCAUCGCGUCUUUCCUGCACGUUGACCACUUUGAGUGCCUCUGAACCAAAGUGUCAUUCGGGACCUUUGCACACUUUUUGUUACUUUUUAAAUAUCUUCUUAGAUAAUUAUACUCCUCACACCAAUCCCUGAUGGAA